GCCUGCCGGAGAAAUUGAUUGCCUCAAGGUUGUGGGCAUGUAUGAUGGAUGGUCUAGGAUGCCUUUGUUACUUCCGAAGACGAGAGUACUACAACGAGUGGCUAGGGUGAACCAUGCGCUCACGUCGAAAUUUGUUUGCGGCAUUGCCUCUCGCGCGCCACCGAUCCCACGCCGUAGCGAUCUCUCCAACUACUCCCAACUCGUAUCGCGGCGACACUUCAGCUCUAGCUCGAAGUACCUCGACCAAGACCUCUUGAAUUCGUCGACUGAAGUCCUCAACCUCCGUCUCAAGCUCGAGUUCGACGAACACAAGGACAUACGAACCUACCUGAAAAAAUGGCAGCAGUCUCAGCCCAACGACAUGGACCCUGUCCGAGGACCCGGAACCUCAAAUUCUCUGGAUGCGUCUGCACCUUGGGUGGGAAACAUGUUGAACGACAACCGUGAGGCUCGCGAUGCCGGAAGCGAUGCCCUACGAACGGCAGAUGAUUCUUUCGAUUUCACGAAUACGGCUGAUGAAGGAGAGGGUCUUAAUCAAUACUUGGAGCCCGGAGAUCUUGUUGCGAUAACUUCUGUUGACGGGGUUCUGUCAUUUGCGAUAUACAUCCGAUCCGUCCAUAAACAGCAGCAAUUCUAUACGGAACGAGGAAAGUGGCGGAUAGCAUUUGCCAAGGAUAUUGACUAUGUCGUGAAGCGGUUUGUGCCUCCAGAAAUGGUCGCGCCUCUGCUCCCGCACGUCCCCGGCGCAGCCGCCCAGAUGAAGUUGGAAUUCCAAUCGGUUAUCGAAGGUGGAGUUCCGAGGAAUGUCGGAGCUGAGCUUCUCCAGAAGAUGUACCGCUUCGACCAGGAUGUGCAAGACCUCUACCGCGCCAAUGCGUCUCGACUCGAUAGUAUCCAUGAUCUAGUGGCCGACGAUGAGAAUUUCCGGGAAUACACAUUAGAAGAGCUCACCUGCAAAGUUCUUGGUAUUGAAAUGGAUCAGCUGAAUGACGUUUUCUUAUUCCUUGUGCAUCGCAUCGCCCAUGUCCAUUCUUUCUUUAUUGAGAAUGACCGGAGUUCGCUUUUCACCAACCAUUACCUAGUCAAGCCGAGACGAAUCGCCACAGUCAUCCAAACGGUUACGACCUGGACCCACGAACACCAAGACUAUCUUUACCGAAGUGUUCAUUCCAAGGGUGUCGCCAGCUUCAAGGACCAUCCUCUACAGAAAUUCUUCCAAAAGGCUCAGCGACUCAUAAAGCUCAGCCGAAACGUUCGUGCACCUACGACGAUGGCUUGCGUCGGCCCAAGUGCUCAGCGAUUUGCACCACAUCAGGAUGGCAAGGAUGAGACCUAUCGUGAAAUUCUCACAGAAAAGUUCACUGAUACCGAUCGUAUGAUCAUCGAGUACCUACAGCUAUGGUGCCUUCCUCCUCGCAGAAUGAGUUCUGGGACUAUGCGCUCGGCCGGUUCGCAUAUUAUGCGUAGCACAGGCAUGUAUGGUGCUGUUGAACUGAACCCAUUAACGGCAACUUUGUUUCUGCAGGAAUUGGGUGUCUUCUACCCCUGGGAGAAUCUGCGCCUACUCGAUCAAGGUCUAGGCCUUCCGGGCCAUGGCAUUUCUCCCAGUUCGGAUGCCUCCUGGGCGGAAGUUCAACGAGAGUGCGAGAAGCUUGACUCGGAGAAGUUUUCAGACAAGAUGCAGGAUGUGCGGACCGACUGGGGCGAUCUACCGGUCUACUGUGUGGACGAUGUGACCGCUGAGGAGAUUGACGACGGUGUCUCGCUCGAACGCGUACCAGGAUCGAACGAUACAUUCUGGAUCCAUAUACAUGUGGCUAACCCUACGGCCUUCCUUGAACAUGACGGCACGAUCAUGAAAUACGCUGCUUCGCGCCUCCAGACGAUGUACGCCCCGGAGCGUACAUACCCCAUGCUGCCAAGCCCUUUCACACAAAAGCACUUCAGCUUAGCUUCAGGCCGUCCAACACUCACCUUCAGCGCCAAGAUGAACAUGCAAGGCGAGGUUCUGGACACCAACGUCGCGAAUGGAACUGUCAGGAAUGUGAUCUACAUAACGCACGACAAGUUGCGCAGUCUUUUCGAGCCCGGCACUGAAAAAGGCUUGGAACCCUUGAAAGUGGGAGGAGAAAUGCCCAAGCGCAACUUGCGUGACUGCUUGCAAGAGGAGCUGGCUCCCGAAGACGAACACACCUUCCAUACACUGAGACAGUUGAUGUUGGCAUUCAGAGAGCAGCGGCGCAAAAACGGCGCCAUGGAAUGGCCUUCAGGGCCCGAUAUUUCCGUGUCCAUGGCCGUCGGUACGAAGCCUUUGGAACCCUCCAAUAUGAAAGUACCAGAAGGACGUUACGUCAUUGGUGAUCCCGUCAUCCAGUUGGCCCAGCGACAAACCGAUCCUCAUGAAGUCGCUGAUCUCACGAAGCGCAACCUCAUCGCGGCCCUAAUGAACCUCGGGUGUUGGGUUUCUGCGAAAUGGAUGGCUGAGCGCAACAUCCCCACUAUUUAUGACGGAACAUACUACCACCCGGAAUACCCCAAGGUGACCAACGAGAACAUGUCGGAGUACGGAGGGCAGUCGUGGUUGGAAUUGGCAGCCCCUAAGGGGGUCUCUUCGUCCAGUCCCCUCCAUCAUGCGCCGCUUGGACUCGAUGCCUAUGUCAAAUCCACCAGUCCCUUACGGAGAUACACAGACGUUCUGGCACACUAUCAGAUCGAGGCUGCGAUUCGCUUCGAACAUGAGCGUGGCCGACGCCUGGACGCCCAGACCGAUGAGUUAGCUCUACCCUUCUCCCGUGAACAGGUGGAUGAAUAUCUUUCGCGGUCUCAGUGGAAGCGCAACCGCAUACGGGAAUGUGACGUAGCGUCGAAGCAGUUCUGGGCCUGUAUGCUUUUGUUCCGCGCCUUCUAUUUCUCCGAGUGCCCGCUCCCGGAGACAUUCGAGUGCCUGAUUCAGCGCCCGUGCAGCAGUACCUCCAUGGCCGGAACCCCAGAUGGACACGGGUAUACUGCGGUUAUCACGUCCCUAGGAGUUCGCUGCCAAGUCCUGGUCCCCGAGGAGAUGUCCGAGCUUCCUGAAUUGGACAUUCUCAGUGUUGUGGAAGCCAAGAUUACGGCGGUUGAUAUGGCGCGCUCGCUGGUUGUCAUGGAAGCAACCCGGGUGAUCAAGCCAUUCCAACGGGUGGGAGAAUGGAAGUGAUCGGUCCAGUCCCAUUCGUCUUCUACCUCUGCCUCGUCCUUCUCGCCUGCGAAUCGUCGAUUCGGCACGUUUCCGGGACGAGAGCAAACCAGUUCGGAUAUAACUUGGUCAACAUUCUACGCAAACCAUCCAGUCUAGG